AUGUUGGGAUUCUCGCCGUGGAGCUCUAGGAACUUGGUCUCCAGCCUGUGCAUUUACGCCGCCAUCUGUGACAAGGAGGGUCCCGUCCUGCGCUGGCCUGGGUCCCUCGUCCUCGUCGCUUGGGAGGGGUUCAGCGACGCCUGCGCCGUGUGGCUCGUUGUCGUGCAAGCGAUCUGGGUUUCCAUGAUGGCGCGCCCUAAUGAGACAUUUAACUAUACCAAGAGGGACAUCUAUGAGUGGAAGAAUUUGUGGCCGAUGCUGGCCAGCCAUCUCGAGGUACAGUGGUCCGGGUAUGACAGGGAGGACAAGCGCUUGAAGCUCGAGGAGGCCAUGGCCAGCAUGGAGGCUAUGUGGGCGGAGAUCAUCAGGGAGAAGUGGCUCGUGGAGACACACCUCAACGACAUCACCACGUUGUGCGGCGCGAUGGAAGUGGUGCAGGACCAUGAUGAUUGCGUGCUAUGCGGACAAGCUGCCAAAUCAGUUGACCAUCUCAUCCUAGGUCAUGUGUUCACAAGGAAGCUUUGGUGCUCUUUGCUGUCGCCGAUAGGCCUAGCGGCUCUAGUGCCGGUGAUCGAGGACGACAUCGCGGCCUGGUGA